CAGCCAAGAAGAGCUCAGUGCGUCCUAUUCUUUUGCAUAAGACAUGCCUGUGGGGAAACUUGUCUUCAACCAGUCUGACCCCACUGAGUUUGUGUUCCGUGCGUUCACCACAGCCACUGAAUUCCAGGUUCUUCUCUUCCUUCUCUUCCUCCUCCUCUACUUGAUGAUCCUCUGUGGCAACACAGCCAUCAUCUGGGUGGUGUGCACACACAGCACCCUCCGCACCCCGAUGUAUUUCUUCCUGUCCAACCUGUCUUUCCUGGAAAUCUGCUACACCACCGUGGUAGUACCCUUGAUGCUUUCCAACAUUUUGGGGGCCCAGAAGCCCAUUUCGUUGGCUGGAUGUGGGGCCCAAAUGUUCUUCUUUGUCACCCUCGGCAGCACGGACUGUUUCCUCUUGGCGAUCAUGGCCUAUGACCGCUAUGUGGCUAUCUGCCACCCGCUGCACUACACUCUCAUCCUGACCCGCGAGCUGUGCACGCAGAUGCUGGGUGGGGCCCUGGGCCUGGCCCUCUUCCUCUCCCUGCAGCUCACAGCCUUAAUCUUCACCCUGCCCUUCUGCGGCCACCACCAGGAAAUCAACCACUUCCUCUGCGAUGUGCCUCCCGUCCUGCGCCUGGCCUGCGCUGACAUCCGCGUGCACCAGGCUGUCCUCUAUGUCGUGAGCAUCCUCGUGCUGACCAUCCCCUUCCUGCUCAUCUGCGUCUCCUACGUGUUCAUCACCUGUGCCAUCCUGAGCAUCCGUUCUGCCGAGGGCCGCCGCCGGGCCUUCUCCACCUGCUCCUCCCAACUCACCGUGGUCCUGCUGCAGUAUGGCUGCUGCAGCCUCGUGUACCUGCGUCCUCGGUCCAGCACCUCAGAGGAUGAGGACCGCCAAAUCGCGUUGGUCUACACCUUUGUCACCCCCUUACUCAACCCUUUGAUUUACACCCUUAGGAACAAGGAUGUCAAAGGUGCUCUGAGGAGUGCCAUUAUCCGUAAAGCAGCCUCUGACGCCAACUGAAGGCUUAGGGGCACUGGGCUGGGUGUCUGUCUGU